GACGGGACCAUCUGUGCGCUGAGAUGGGAGUGACAGCGUUAAGCGAGUCUUUUCUUGCUGAUUGAUCUCCUUGAUGGGUGUAAGAGGCCUUUCUGGCAGGAUGGCAACUCGGCGUGCGCUAAAAGCUGUCUUGGUGGAUCUCAGUGGCACACUUCACAUUGAAGACUCAGCCGUCCCUGGGGCCCAGGAAGCUCUUAAAAGGCUGCGCAGUGCUCCCGUGAGCAUCAGAUUUGUGACCAACACUACGAAGGAGUGCAAGCAAGACUUGCUGGAGAGGCUGGCGAAACUUGAGUUCGACAUUACAGAAGAUGAGAUCUUCACGUCACUGACAGCAGCCAGGAAUCUCUUACAGCAGAAGGCGGUCAGGCCGCUGCUGCUGGUGGAAGACAACGCACUCCGUGACUUCAAAGGGAUUGAGACCAGUGAGCCCAAUGCCGUGGUGAUCGGGCUGGCUCCUGACCACUUCAAUUACCAAAUGAUGAACAAGGCCUUUCGGCUCAUCCUUGAUGGUGCCCCACUCAUAGCCAUACACAAAGCGAGAUACUACAAGAGGAAAGAUGGCCUAGCGCUCGGUCCUGGACCGUUCGUUACCGGCCUCGAAUACGCCACCGAUGUGAAAGCGACCGUGGUGGGGAAGCCUGAGCAAACCUUCUUCCUGGAAGCCCUUCGCGGUACUGGCUGCACCCCAGAGGAGGCGGUCAUGAUUGGUGACGACUGCAGGGAUGAUAUCGGGGGUGCCCAGAAUGCUGGCAUGCUGGGAAUAUUGGUCAAGACUGGGAAGUAUCGAGCGGCUGAUGAAGGCAAAAUUAACCCGCCUCCAUAUUUAACCUGCGAGAGCUUCCCCCAUGCCGUAGACCACAUUCUCCAGCAUCUGCUGUAAAAAGAAAUCCUACAGAAUUUGAGCACCAGCUUUGAAUGCUCAAAGAUGAACAUGCAGUAACAACUUUCACAGGCCGUGCUGGCUGGUCAACAGCCUUGCUGGACUGCACUGCUUUGGGCUGAAUGUAGGGAGACCAUUGGAAUGCUCUCCCUGUAUACAUAGCUCCCUGCACAUAGAAAACUAGCAUGCCAACAAGGGAAGUGCUAGCCUGGCCUUGGCAUGCUAGUUUGCUAUAUGCAGAGAAAUGGCAGUCGUGGGUUUUUUUAACAUGAGAUUUCCAGCUUUCACAGAAUGGAACCAUUCAGUUCCUACUGCAACCCUGUUGCAGGAAAGAUGGAAAAGGAGGAAAGAUGACCAAGUUUGGCCUGCUGCCACAGCCAGGUUGUGCCUCUCCCUGGCCACAGUACCACUGAAACAGCUUUGGGGCUGGUGCAUUCGUCCAGUUCUUUCACAGGAAGUGAGAGCUGACAUCUCUUCAGAGCGGGUUUCUGUAUUGAACAGUGGGGUGGGAGGGAGAGGAAGUUCCCGUAGGAGCAAGUUCAGCCAUCUAACAUGCAUAUGUCUAGAAAUGCAAUAAAAGGUUGAGAAAAUG